AUGGCCCAGACAAAGCAAACGCCUGUGGUGUCCAAAUCGAUGGAAGAGUACAACCCUAUGUGCGAAAUGUCUCGUCAGCAGAUGACGCAAAUCACCUAUCUAAGGACAAAGAAUAAUGUCUCAAGUCUCACAUCACUAGAAGAAACUUAUUCAGAUGAGUCAUCGGACGAUGAUACGCCUUUAAUAGAGAAACUGAGACAACAACACGUGGCUACAAAAGUCGCUCCGAAGUCGAAUUCAAUAACUCCGCCAACUUCUUCCACCCCAAUCCCUCGAGAGUCUCGUGCUUUGGUAUUCAGUUCAAAAUACAGGCGCGCCAUUCCAACAAACUUCUCAGAGUCCAAAUCAGAGACUCAGCCAAUGGCCUCAACUCCGAUCUCCGAAGGACCUGCGGGAAAAUUCGCACCAAUGACAAUGUUCACUCCAGCGCACCGUCUUGCAGAGGAGUUGAUCAAUUGCGAAGAGGAAACAGCGCUAGCUUUGGCCAAUAAGGAAGAUCGAAUCAACAUCCUCAAGGAACAACUCGACAGCGAGAAGCGAAAGUCAUAUCAGCUUGACCAUGAUCUUCAUACUGCAAGGAAGAAGCUUAAGAUUGUCGAGAAGAGCUUGAAGACGUCAAAAGAUGAUAUCGAUAACCUGAAAAAAGAACACAAGUCUGAAAAAGAUCGGAUGCUGAAGAUUACCAAAGACUCGCAACUGGUUUCUGAAAAGUAA